GCCAUAUCCAUCAGCGCGUGUAUUGCUCGUGUUUGCUUCGUGAUCGUCGUGCAUUGACAUUGAGCCCGAUCUUCAAUUCUGUGUGUAGCUGUUGUUUUGUGUGUUGUCAAGAAAAAUGAAACGACAGAGCUCUGACAAUAGGAUUCAGGCAAAUGAAGAUGAGCCCUGCAACUGGAAAAAAUGGCGUGCAGAAAGAAAACAGCAGCUUCUCAAGUGGAGGGAAGAAAGGUUGAUCAAAAAGCUCGAGAAGGAAAAGAAAGCGAAGGAAUCCGAAGAACAGCAGGCCUUGUCCAUGGAUUCUCAAUCGAAAGGCCGGAAGUACACCCUCAGCAUAGCAGUUCCAGGUUCCAUAAUGGACAAUGCUCAGAAUGCAGAACUGCGAACUUACUUAGCUGGCCAGAUUGCAAGGGCUGCAGUUGUUUUUUGUGUGGAUGAAAUUGUUGUCUUUGACGAUGAUGGCUCAACUACACGUGGUACAAGCGGGACUGCUGUGGAUGGAGAAUUCAGUGGCCUUGCUAAGUCUGGUCAGGGUGUGGUGCAGUUGGCGCGUGUGCUGCAGUACCUUGAGUGCCCGCAGUACCUGCGCAAGCACCUUUUCCCCUUGCAUCGUGACCUGCAGUUUGCAGGAUUGCUGAACCCACUGGACUGCCCACACCACCUACGUGCCACUGAGGAGAGUCCAUACCGUGAAGGAAUUGUGGCUCGGCUGCCUGUUAAAGGAGGCAGUGGGUCAUACGUCAACUGUGGCCUCAACAAAGAGGUGAAGAUAGACCGCUGUUUGCAACCAGGAGUGCGAGUUACAGUGAAAAUGAAAGAAGGGGUCCCUGGCAAGAAGCUGCGAGGCACUGCUGUGUCACCAUCGUGUCCCCGAACAGAAGCAGGCCUCUAUUGGGGCUAUGAUGUCAGGGUAGCUCGUAGUCUUGGGGCAGUCCUGGCCGAGUGCCCUUUUCCAAGUGGCUAUGACAUCACCCUGGGCACUUCAGAACGAGGGACACCUGUUGAUGAGCUUGAAUUGCCUCAUCGGUUCGAACACGUACUUGUUGUGUUUGGAGGCCUCAAAGGCUUGGAGGCAGCCCUUGAAGCAGAUGAAGCUCUGGAUGUUGACGAUCCUGAAUUCUUAUUCAACUAUUAUCUAAACACAUGUCCUAGCCAAGGAUCAAGAACUAUUAGGACAGAGGAGGCUAUCCUCAUUUCCCUCUCGGCCUUGCGACCCAAGAUUGUGGCUGCACAGAGUGGCGAUGGUGCUGUGGAUUCCUCCUGAGGAAAUGCUUCACUCAUUUGGAAGCCGCAUGUUGCACGACUCGUCAAACCUGGUAGUGCCUUCAGAAAAGUGGUCACAUGUAUCGGUACACUGCAAAAUGAAGUUAAAUGAAGAUGUAUUUAUUAUGCGGGAGGUUCAAUUCAUCUAAAGUAUGACAUAUUUUGCUCUUUUUUAGCCUCUACUUGAUGCAAAUAGCAAAAAAGAGUGGUGUAUACAAUGGUGUACACAGCGUCUUAAAAGGUAAAAAGGGGCACUGACACAAAAAUUCUGACCUCACGUUUUCUUGCUAGAAUAUAUUGCUGGGGGCCUGCUUGUUAUAACACGGCACAUUAUCUGCUACAGCAUGCGACAGAUAAUAAAGUACAUUAUCGACCAGUUUCAGUUUGAGAGAGCUCAAAAAUUGACAAGCCGCCAGGUGCAAUUAUCACAACCUAGCGAGUGCAGCUCUCGGUCACAUCAACACACAGAACUGUGACGCACUUCUGCACGGUCUGCAUCAAGAAGUCCUUUCGAACAGGAAACGAGACAGCAGUGUCGCCAAAUGCAAAACUUUCAAUGUGUGCACUGCAUAUACGGACUCGCGAGCAGGCGCCGAAAAGUAUAGACUGCUGGAUUAAAUUCGGCGAAAGAAAAAGGUGGCUAUGAUGUCCUCAUAACAUUUUUUAUUCACUGCAGCAUGGUGACGUGAGGGAAGUAAGGGGAUCCCCACGGGUCAUUAAUGGUGUCAAUACCUUUAAAAUACAAACUUGAGAAUUGCUGUAAAAAUACUUUGGAAGCUGUAUUCGCUGUUAAUAUUUCGCAGAUUAUACACAUGUUCACGGGAAUCAAUCCCACAGGCUUCCUUGGCCACAAAAUUUUGUGUCAGUACCCCUUUAAGGGCACAGGGUAGGGCAAAAUUGGAAGAAAAAAAAAAACCUUUUUGUUUUCUUCGCUACUCAGAAAGGGUGGCCCUUUGUACAUAUUUUCCGCAUUUGUGCUUUUCUUAAAUAGCAUCUUUUGUGGCUCAAAACCAAUUUUUCCUAAAACAAGUAGAAAGUGAAAAGGCGCUGUGUUUACAGCCUAUUUUUCUAAAAAACUUCAUGUACAAAAGUCCAAAUGCUUGUCUAGAGUCAGCUGUGUACAGGAAAUUGUCAGGUAACUUCUAAGCACUCAGAAGACACUGUGCUCCUUUAUAUUCGCUCUUCAUCUUUGGAGUGCGUCAGUUCGAAUGCUAUCAGCUCCUAGAUUCAUUACACCAUGUUCGUCAUGCUUGUCGAUAAGCUUAGAUGCUGAGGGUAAAAGAAGGUCUUCAGCAAGUGUGAAUUUCGUGGCAACCUAUACAGUUCUCUUGUUAAUGUGAAUAAAUGCCAAUGACAUAUUGAGGCGGUGAAUACUGAACCAGCAAGCUCUUCAUUGUUGAACCUCUCAGCCUUUUCAGCAUCAUUCGAGGCAAAUCACAUGCACGGUGACGAGUAUGGUCUAAUGGACAUGACUAUUAUUUGUGAUGCGAUUAGACAUGAUUAAACAUGAGAACAGCCUGCAGUAAGUGUUAAGUUAAUGGGAACUGAGUCGCCCACCGAGUCUUUGCUGUCUUUGUUUAGGUUCAGAGUAUUAAGAAUUGCAUCAUUGGAUAAUGUUCUUGCAUUUAAUAAUGGUAGUAUCACAUGAGCCUAAAUUAUAAAAUAGUUAGGAUUGAAGCAUGGCCUAACUACAGUCUAAUUGCUGUAAAUCAUUGACCACACCCGACGAUACAUUACAGAUAGGGCUGUGUGACAUCUCACAAAGGAAGCAAGACAAGCAUUACGAGAUGCUCCAAAGCAAAAAAUUUUCUUUAGCAAUGAUUACCAAGCUUGUAGCUACUGAAUAGAGUAGUUGAACAGUGUUUGUGACAAACUGUGAUCGCUUUCCAGCAGUUUUCAAAUUUUAAACUCUAUUAUUUCAAAACCAUGUUUUUAUUACUUGGGUGUCAUUAUUUUGUAUGCAUUUCAAGAUAACCAGUUGAUUAUUUUUUCUUGUAUUCUGCAUAAAUGCAUAUAACUACUGAAGCAGUAUUGAAGUUAUGCACUUUACAGUUUUUGUAUUACACCUUUGUAUGGAUGCCAAUUAACUUAAAGGUUAGGCCCUAGUGGUAAAAAAUUCACUAACAUCUGAAUAUCCAGAUUUUAAUAUAUCUGCUUCAGUUGAAAGGGCAGGAAAUUUGAAAGAAAUGAUGUAUGGAUUAUGUGGAUAUUUCCUUUAGUCACUGCGAAAACGGUACCUCAAAUUGACCAAAAAUGCCUGGGAUGUAUAGGGUCUACUCGGCGCCCUUAAUGUCCCAAUUACACAAUAUGAUUUUGAGGGACGCCAUUGAGGAGGACUCCAGAAAUUUCAACCAUCUGGUGUUUCUUAAAUUACGCUGACAUCAUACAGUACACGGACCACUAGCAUUAUUAUGAUUAAGUAUCAUGCCAACACAGGUACUGAUCACUAAUGUGUGAUAUGAAUCAUGUAGUAGUCUCAAAUGGCAGCACUUGUUUAAAGCCACUGUUGAAGGGAAAAAAGCUCAUAAAAAGCACAUUACAUCAGGGCAUCAUUGGACAUUAUGCAGCAGGCAGGCACCGGCCACUGAAACUGAAGUAUCAUGCAUGAAAAGAGAUUCCCUCGAUGCAGCCAGUGAUCGCAGCGUACCAAGCUGAAAGCACACGACGAGCACAGCAACAUGCAGUGACUGGACGCCAUACGCACAAGCUAAAGGAUGUAUCUGAAGGGUAGAUGUGGAAUGAGUACUGCUAAUGACAAUGAAAUAAAUUAUUUGCUUUGUGAAAAUGUUUAAUAAAACCUGAGAAAAGCAUACGAAGCACUACCUUGGCAAGUAGAGAGGGCCAGUGCAAACGUAGACAUUCUUGUAGUGCUUUGUUAGACCUCGAACAUGCUUCUCUAGCCUGUUCCAAGAGUCUCUGUUGAAUCCUUUGCCAACCUAUGAGAGAAAACUUGGGUUAGUAACGUUUCAAGUGCCCAGUAUGCAAUGGCUGCAGGGACACCCAUUGGGUCCACAUAGCACAUAAACUAACUGGAUAUGAUCAUAUGGCCAGUCAUAUGGCCUCUGGACAAGAAUAUUGCCUAAAGCAGCGGUCAAAUUUUUCAAAGCUGUGGGCCUCAAAUGGAGUUCUUGGGGUUUUGGGCAUUGGGCAUCAAGAGUGCAAAAAAAGAAAAGAUUGCGCCAUGUGGCUGGGGCAACAUAUCAAAAUGUACAUUUUUUGCAUUAAUAAACUUGUUCAUUAAAAAAAA